UUAUUUGGACUGGAAUCAAUUGUCAGUUAUCCAUCGAGACGCCUUCAGUCGGACGCCACGGUUGUCUCGACUCUCGUUGCGUAGCAACUUUCUCCGCCUCUCCGAAGCCUCGUUCCAUCCCGAGGCGGUAGCACACCUCACCGGUCUUAUCCACCUCGACCUCAGCCACAACCCGAUCGACGUGUUGCCGAAUCACUUUUUCCAGCCGAUCGGUUCCACCCUUCGCGUCCUCAUCGUCGCCUACUCUCUCGCCGCCAUCGGACAGCACUCGGCCGCGCUCGACGAGGACACGACGACGACGGCGGCGGCGGCGGCCAUGUUGGUCGACGGAAAAUUCGGCCUCACGGUGGAGCCCUACAGUCUGGUAGGUCUGCACCAAUUGGAGAGGCUCGAUUUGUCGCACAACGGCCUUGUCGGCCUGCCCGAAGAGGUGGAGGCCAGUCUGUCGGCGAUGCGAUUGGGCAAUCUCAGUCUCCACGGCAACCCGUGGCAUUGCGACUGUCGUCUGCGUUGGUUGCAGCGUUGGGUGACUGAGAGGCCUGGACGCGUCGGCUAUCGGGCCAGUCUGGCGCAGUUACUCUUCCAUUUGGCCGGUGGCGUCGGCAACGGCGACGGCGAUGGCGGCGGCGUAGGAGGCGAUAGCGAAGUCGGCGUCUUCUGGGGUUCGGGCGACUCGGAGGCCUCCUUCUUGGCUGGUGGUCUGCGCGCCAAUCGCAGUCUUCCCCUCGAACUGGUCGAGCCGGUGUGCUCGAGUCCCGGUCGUCUGGCCGGUCGACCUCUCUUCUCCGGCCCCGCGGCCCGCUCCGACGCCGCACCGCCCGGCCUCGCGUCGCCCAUUCAGCCCACCGAGCUGGCCUGCCCCCCCGAGCUCCGACUGCCCCCGAGUCCCGCCGGUAGCGGUAGCACCAGCACCAGCACCAGCACCACCAUCGGCGGCGGACUCAUCCGUGCCCGUCAAGGCCACAAUGUCAGCUUCACCUGCGCCUUCUUCGCCGACCCGCAAGCCGACGUCGUCUGGUUCAAGGAGCGCGUUCGAGUGCAGGCCCACUGGCCUCGGAUGCAGGCCAGCCAAUCGCAGGGCCGCUCGGCACUGGGCACACUCACUCUGCUCCGCGUCGAACCGGCCGACGCCGGCAACUGGGUCUGUCUGGUUGCCAACUCGUUGGGCAGCGUGAACGCCACCUUCCGUCUCGUCGUGUCGCCGCGCCCCGACGCCAGCCUCCUCGACCGACUGAUGGCCUGGGCCCGAGGCCUCAACACCUCGGUCGCCCUCAAAUACACCGGAAUGAUGGCGGCCGGACUCAUCGUCCUCCUCGUCCUGCUCGGCUGCCUCGUCUACGGCCUCUCCGGACGGCGAUCUGCCGCCGCCUCCUCCCUCUUUGCCAGGCCACACUUGCCUCCUCCACUGACCGGUCGCAACGCCAACGCCGACGCCAACGUCGACGGUGAAGAGGCGAAAAAGCGUCUGCCCAACGGCCAUACUCUGUUGAAAGGCACCGCGAAG